AUGGAAUCUAAUUCUCUGACUGUUAGUAGAGCUGUCGCCGAGCUCUCCGAUCGCAGUUGCACCAUAGAAAUUAAGAAUGGCAGCAGUGUCUACUCACUUGUCAACCCCAAAACCUGGAUGCACAGUGGCUACAUCAGCAAACCUCCCCCACCCACUGUGCACGUCAACACAACGGCGGCGUGUGCCUUCUCUAAGACAGCGGUUGGUGCCAGAGGGGCUGUAGGUGUUCUGACUUACGAGCUGUUGAAGAGUAAAAGUUACACUGAUAAGAUGAUGGCCAUCAUGUUCUCUGUGCCUUUUGACUACAGCCUCUACGAGAACUGGCUGGCAGUGGGUGUUUUUGAACACAUUCGACCAUGUGACAAAUCGCUCUACAAUCUCAUGUACUAUCAUUUAGAGCCUGCAUUCAUUCGUGCCAAGGCCACAGACCCUAUAAAGAACACAUGGGGUUCAGUGGAGAUCAGAGCAAGCAUGAGCAAUGCAAGCUCAGCUAUUGUUCAGGUUGAGAUCUAUGAUAAGUGCUAA